GAAGGUGUAUCACCACUGUUUGUUUACAUCCACGAUGGCGUUUGGGUUGUUCAGUCUGGUGGAGGCCAUAGUUCUCUGUGUUAAUGCUGUUUGUAUCCUUAAUGAAGAGAGAUUCUUAUCUAAAUUACCAGGAUGGGGUGGAUCACAUGUACAUGGCUUUGGCGAAGAGCCAGGAGUCAAGACGCAGAUUUUUCACUUUAUUCGUUCCAUCAAGACAGUAAUGAAAUAUCCGCUUAUUCCUGUAAACAUCUUCAUCAUUUUUUUUAAGCUUAUCUUUGGCUGAUAAACCAAAGUUUGUGUGAUUGCUUUAACAAGAACCUACAGUUUACAAAUGAUGCUGUCUUACUAUCUGUGAUGAUCAAGAAGCUGUAUUUUGAAUGGCUGUAUUGUUUUGUAUUAAAAUAGUUUUUUACC